GUCUCCAAGGCUACCAAUAGUUACCGGGUGCCUGAUUUGGGAAAUCUGAUACAGCGCAAAAAAUGGUAUAUGACCGUUUCUUGAAUAACUUUUCAUAGAAAAGAGCUAGAGAGCUCUGGUUUCACGACUCAAAAGAUGAGACUUGAUGACAUGUUUUCAUAAUCAAACGUUUUUUUCACAAAAAACUUUUUUCGGAAACAGGUUUUCGAGAAGAUCUUUGAAAAACUAGCCAUGUGUAAAAAUCCUUCAAUAGGAUUGUAUUGAUGUUUUGUCAUGGAUUGUUAGCCCGGGAUGUUAUCUUUAGCAUAGGAGUCAAGGAAGACCUUGCUUUUCCGCAGUUCGGGCGCUGUAUCAGAUUUCUUACGAGGUCCACUCGGUAACUAUUAGUAGCCUUGGAGACGGAUGAAUAUGGGUAAUCGACCAUGCUGAGUCUCAUAGCAAUAUUUAUUUUUAGAAGAAUUUUAAGAUUCUACCGAAAAGCGUGUUUACGAAAAUUAGAGUUUCCAGACUGUCACCAAUCCUCUGCUAAGUAAAAUAAUUAACGUUAGAUAUGAUGUUUUUAGAUUUAAUUUUCACCCUCACUAUAUAUAGGUGUGGUGAAAAUAUAGUGAGGGUGAAAAUACGUUUUUUUGGAAUAUAUCUCAGUAUAUAUACUGAGAUAUAUUCCAAAAAAACGUCCCUUUUAGUUUUUAAGAUAUAGAGCUGUCAAUAUCACAGAUUAAUGUUAGUAAAAUGUAUGGAUUUUACUUUGAUUUUAGAAAUUUCAUGAAUGCGGAAUGACCAACAUAAUUUUCUUGAUCACCUUUCGGAACAUCAUAGUCAGAGGAGUCCAGGUUCAACUUUUGUUUUUUCCAGUGAAACCGCUAAAAUCGAAAAGUGGAAUCCAUACAUUUUACUAACUUUAAUCUGUGAUAGUGACAGCGCUAAAUAUUAAAAACUAAAACAGAUCUUUUUGUGGAAAAUAUAUCAAACAGUGCAACUUGUGUACUUCAGAUUAGUAUAGAAAGUGGAAAAGGAUCCUCUCUAGUUCUCUUAGUUUUUAGUCGCGAAGUGGGCCGAAUAUAGAAUAAAUUCACAGUUCCAUAAUUUUAUCUUUUUCUUAGUUUAUUCGUUAAAGAGAAAAAUUGUUCUCUAUGGAUAUCCUGUGCUUAUAUAAGAAAAACGAAUCAGAAUUAAGGUAUAAUCAAAUAGGAUACAAUAAAAAUGGCAUCUCUCUUUUUAAAGUCAAAGAGCAGGGCAGCUGGAAAGAAAAUACCUGGUUACUCCAUAUUCUGACACACAAGCGAAGUAACUAUCGUCCACCUUGAAGAUUAGAUGAAGAAUUUGAAAUAAAUCGCUGCGCACGGUUUCUUUCCCUUGGGAUAAAAACUUGAAACAGACACUCUUUAUGUGAUUCCAUUUACUUUGUCAGGAUAUUGUGGAAGUUCAUACUGAAUAUUAUCUUUCUUAAGCAUAAGCUGAAUGAAUAUUUCGACGAAAAUAUAAAAUUUCUUCAUUUGUUAUGUUUUCCAAAUAAAAGUGUAUGACAUGACACAGUGGCAUUAUUUUAGACACAACUUAUAUAAAGGACCCUGCCGGAUUUAAAAAUUUGAAAGUAUCAAAAAGCUGAAUAGCAGGUUCGAUAGAGACUUUUAUUGCGCAUCUAACCCUAUAAAAUUGUAAUUUUUAGGCCUAUAAUGAUUUCUCGCAGGCCUUAUUUGAAAAAAAUCAAUAAAGAUAUAAACAAACAAAAAAAAGCCAUAUAUAAUUUUUGAUUUGAAACUAUGAUCGUCUCUCAAAAAAUAAUUCUUUAAAAAGUUUGAUCAUUUACUGACAUGAGAUGAAAAACGUUUAUCAGCUCACUAAGGAAGUUUAUCAGCUUCACUGUAAUGAAGAUAUUGUUUAUACUGGAUUUUGUAGAGUGGAAAACGCGCUAUAAACUGGCGAUAAAAGAAUAAAAAGAACAUGGUUGUUGUUUGAAAACAAAAUAUUUCUCGAGCAAAAUUUGAAAUUUUUAUUUUUCAUACGCUUCACUAAAACUUCUAUAGCAGGUCAAAGAAAUACAGUACCACCGCCAAACUUUGUCAAAAAUUGCUUGAUACUUAACUCUAUCUAGCAACAUAGUUUGAGUCUUCGAGACCGGCUGUAUUAAUAAGGAAAAAAUUCAACAUCGCAAAAGUUUCGUAUAUGUUAUUGAUCGUUUUGGUCUUAAAAUUGAUUUUUCUCAUUUUCAUUACGUCCUUUUGUAAAAAUAAGAUAAUAUUCUUGCUCCUCGGACAAAGCAAAAUCGAACGGUAUAUUAUACGAAUAUAGACAACGGAAAAAACAAUCAGUCUUCGGCUCCCCUUAUAAAAAGCUCAGAAAUAAUUUUGCAAACCAAUCUAGUUUUUUCGUUGAAAAGAUGGAGCCGAUUUUUACACUUCAUUAGAACCACCAUUAAACGAGCUUUAAAAGUACAUAUUGCUUCUUUGUUCAUCGUGCUUUGUCAUUGAGAAAGUUCAUAUUUUCUAGAUCAGGAACGCAGAAAUCGAAAUUCUGCCGGUAUUCUCAAUUUUAUUCAUCAGAGCUCACGUUUUGUUUAAUAAAAAUAUCAUAUUCAGAAUCAGUGUCGCAAACUGAAUCGAAUGGUACAUAUUUCGAAACUUGCAUGCUUAUGAUAUUCUUCAUUCAUUCCUUCGACUAAACGAUCGUUUCGAUGGAUUACUCGACACUCUACAGGUUAAAGAAAUACAGAGAGACCGGCUGUUAGACGUCUGCAUUCGGCUUUAAUUUUCGACAAAUUAAAACAGUUAAUCUAUAUUGACUGAACGGUAUCAGACAGAUGCAGAGAACGAACUUGUGCCGUUGAUGGAAAGUGUUCGCAGAUAAAGUCACAUCUGGAUUUGGUGAUGCGAUGAAAGUUCAGAUCAAACUGUAGAGUGUCGAGUAGUCCAUCGAAACGAUCGUUUAGUCGAAGGAAUGAAUGAAGAAUAUCAUAAGCAUGCAAAUGCUCGAAGACAAAAAGUCGAAGGAAAAAGGGGCCAAAAUAUAAAUUUUCAACGACGGAAGAAAUUAUCGCAUUUCUGUAUUAUAGAUCAGCCAUAAAUAAGCUAUUUAUAGAUCAUUCGAAUGACCUAAAUAUAACCUUAAAAUGGUCCAAAAGCAGCUCGCGGUUUUUGAAUUAUUUUAAGGUCAUCAUUAGACCAUUCAUAUGACGCAUAAAUGGCUCAUUUAUGAGCUAUAAUCGUCUAAAAAUGACGUAAAUAUGAUCAUCCGCAAUAAUCAGUUAGCAAAAUGGUGUUAAAAUGACUCAUAAAUGUUCUACAAAUGACCUAAAUAUGGUCAUAAUUCGAUAGUCAUUUUAAGGUCAUCGAAAAAUGGCCUUAGAAGAGUUAAAAAAUGAGACAAUAACUGGGCUCAAAAUGAGCUAAAUAUGAUCAUAAAUGACCUUGAAAUAGAUCAUAAAUGAACAAUAAAUGACUCAUAUAUAGAUCAUAUUUAAGAUCAUUUCCAUCGCCCUGGGUAGUUCUUCGUAGAAAAUGUGGAAAAAAGAAAAAACAAGAUGUAUCUGUAUUGUGGUCAUUUUGUCGUUAGAUGAUAAUCAGCUGCUUUCUAAAACUGUACGUGAUAUGUGCAUACCAAAAUGCCUAUGUCAUAUGCGAACUAACCCUAAAAAAUGAUAUGGCUUGCAUUGAGAGACUACACAACUCAAGUCAUAAUCGAACCAUCAGUGGACUUCCGCAAGUUGGCGAAAGGACACUGAAUUUUUGCCAAUACCAUCCAUGGCCGCUCGCGAAUUGGACAACAUCUAGUUGGUGAAAGUCAUAUUAGCGUACCUCUAUGAUUCCCUUAGAUUCUUGAAGUAUAUAGUAGACUCAAAUUUACAGCUGAUUAGACUUAUUGUGUAACAGACGCACACUCUACUCUACUCUACUCUCUUCUUCUUCUCAAAUUGAUGAUGCGUAAGAAUGAAAUGAUUUCUUUAUUAAAUUAUAUAUAUUUAUGUGAGUAGAUGCUGCUAAGCUGUUGUACGAAAUUUUUAACAUUAAAAAUGAUUAACAAUAGUGUGUCGUUAUCUAAUGUUGUUAUUUUGUUUUUUGAUUCUAAUCAUCUACUCAUAUUUACGAUAUUUAACCCGUUUUAGUGGCAUCGAUACCACCUGCUGUUUUACACGCAUCGCAUAUCCAGGGUAUUGUUAUAUAUUGAGUGAUCCGAUUUUUAUCUUGGUUACAAUUUCUUUUUACAUUACUAAGAACAUUUUUUUCGUCUGUUUUUCAGAUGUAAUUAAUCUGAUUCAAUUUCACAAAAAAGAAAACGAAAUGUUUCAAGUUAAUACGUUUGGAUUAUUCUGUUUGUUAGUUAUAUUUUCAAUUGCAUGUUGUGAUACGCAUUCGAUUCAAAUUGUCAACAGUGGAUCAACAAAUACAGCUGGUUACAACAUAAAUAUUGCAGCUAUGGCAACAACACCAGUACCAACUGGUAAUUUUGAAUGUGGAGAUGGAACAAUCGUACUGAAUUCACAAGUUUGUAAUUUCAUCAAAGAAUGUGCUAAUGGUCAUGACGAAGAGGUGUGCGCCGAUUGCACAUUUGAGCAAGAUCAAUGUCGUUGGUUAGAUCAAAGUUUUGGAUCAUUCGCAUGGAAAAGAGGUCAGGGUUUCACCGCAUCACAAAAUCAUAGCGGACCAACUGUUGAUCAUACCACUCUUACAAGCCCGGGUUACUAUAUGUACGUCGACUCGGCUACUGGUACCAUUUGGGAUAAAGGCAUUUUGGAGCUGCAACAAAUACUUCAGCCAUCAAGUUCCACUUGUGAAUUAGAAUUUUAUUAUCAUUUAUCGGGUGAUGAUUAUCAAUUUUUAUCUGUUCAUUUGAAAGAAAACGGAGAUAGUAUCGAUAUCUGGAAACAAUUCGAAGAUCAAGGUGAUCAAUGGGUUCGUGUUUUGAUACCACUUGGUCGCAUAUCAAGACCAUGGUCGAUACAAUUUUUGGCUGAAAGUGGUUUUGGCGAUGGAAAUGUGGCUAUUGAUGAUGUAAAACUGGUCGGUUGUCAGUUUCCACCACAACGACCAACAUGUCCCGACGGAUAUUUUCGCUGUCAACGCGGUGCCUGUGUACAAAUGAAUCGUGUAUGCGAUUUCAGUGACGAUUGUGGGGAUAAUUCAGAUGAAAUUAAUUGUAAAUCGUAUACAAUGUGUAAUUUCGAAGAACAAGCUUUUUGCUCGUGGACACAAGAACUCGACAAUAACCUCGAUUGGGAACUAAAUGAUGGGCCAACAAUGAGUUUUGAAACUGGACCAAAACGAGAUCAUACAUUAGGCUUGCCAAGCGGACAUUUCAUAUUUUUGGAAUCUUCUUACCCUGCUGAACAAGGAGACAGAGCUCGUGUCGCGUCGCCUGUUUUCAAUAAUUCUGGUGGCUGUGAAUUCCGAUUUUUCUAUCAUUUGUAUGGUGAAGAUAUUGGAGCAUUAAAUGUUUAUACACGUACAACUGUUGGAGGUUCAAUGAAUAAAGUUUGGUCGAAAGAUUACGAAGUCGGCGAUUUUUGGGUUCGUGCCGAUGUUCGUCUGUUCGUCAGUGAACCCUUUCAAGUCGUUUUAGAAGCUAUUGUGGGCAAAGGUCACGCCGGCGACAUUGCCGUUGAUGAUACAUCAUUCACGCCGGAAUGUAGUUUGGGUAAUGUAGGUUUGGUGACUGUAUGA